AUGGCAAUGAACGUGACCACUUACUUUAGGAGUGCUUGUCUCCUGGUCCUGACACCACAAUGCUUCGACGAGUUCUUUGUCAACUAUAACUUCCUAGACGUUCCCUGUUUAGAAGCGGCCCUCAGCAAAGGUCUAGGAUAUGGCAUCAUUAUGGGAUCCGUGAUGGUGAAAGUGCCUCAAAUACUCAAGAUCUGGAACGCGCGCAGCGGCGAGGGCAUCAGCCUGGCUGGCGUGCUGCUGGACUUGUCCGCCAUCACCGCCAACGUCGCCUACAGCUUCGUCCUCAAGUACCCCUUCAGCGCCUGGGGCGAGGGCAUGUUCCUGGUGGUGCAGACGGCCGUCAUCGCCGCCCUGGUGCUCCACUUCGGCGGCCGCCCCGCCGGCGCCGUCACCUUCUCCGCCGUGUACGUCGCCAUCCUGGGCGCCCUGCUGAGCGGCUACACCCCCAUGCCCGUGCUCACCUUCCUGCAGAGCAUGUGUGUGCCCGUCGUGAUCCUCGGCAAGACGAUCCAGAUCCGCAGCAACUACCAGAACGGCUCCACGGGGCAGCUGUCCGCCGCCACGGUGCUCAUGCUGCUGGCCGGCUCGCUGGCGCGCAUCUUCACCUCGCAGAAGGAGACGGGCGACGCGCUGCUCGUGUUCACCUACAUGGUGGCCGCCACGCUCAACGCCAUCACCGCAGCGCAGCUCUUCUACUACUGGAACGCCGACAAGGACAAGAAGAAGAAGGUCAAGAAGAACUAAGCGUGAACAGUGAUGACGAAGAGUCGAUGAAUUUGCUGGGUUUGCAAGACCCAGGUGUGAUGUGUAAGCAAUAGGUUUCUUUUAGGUUUUGAUUAGUCUCCGUCGUACUAACUUCCAGACUGUUCUAGCUGCCCCUCGACGGCUGGCCUUGCUGGGCUGCUACUCAAGCCGUUCGCUUAGUGUCUAUGGACGCGGCAACCCCCGCCCCAUCCCUCGCUUUCGGCGGCAGGAAAUAAGCCGGGAGUGGCGCUCGGAGUUUGUACAAAACGGGCCGAAGCUCUCAGUAGCUUUGAGAUUAACAAGUUUGGGCGGAAGGACCUCUCUGGCGUUAUUUCCUUUUCGCCGUGAGUGCCUUCGGGAAGCGCGCCGGCCACUUCCAUGCCAACAGUCGAGGGAGUUGGAGGGCGCCGUCGCUCAGAGUAGUUCGAGUCGAAACGAUAUUUAUUAGCCGAUCGCUGUAUAGUAAUAUUCAUAGGAUGGACUUCUCUCUCUAUGUAAUAUACCUGUGUCCACAUUCCCCUGGAUGAAUUUUUAGCCUAGUGAUGAUUUUUACUUUAAUGAUAUUCUGGUCUUCCGUCAAAGUGAAGUCUGUCGAUCUCUAAAAUGUUUAGUGAGGCUUUUUAGGCAGCGGCAUGUACUGUAUAUUAUAACGAAUAGUACCAUUGUUAUUAUAUGAGAAUGUGUUCUGUGAUAAUCCGACAUAUUUUGCCGACUGAAGGUGCGAUCGUCUGCCUGACUCGGAGAUAGUAUAGGAGCCGCGAGGAGAUGAAACAGAAAAAAAGAAUAAAACCCACCUUUUCUAAAACAAA